AUGAAUCGACCUACUAGUACGCUAGGAACUAACCUUUCAUCGCUUCGCCUCAACACUGAUCUCCUCUGGAAGGUUACUCUAGGCUUUCUCCCGGCCUAUGUCAACCUUCACAAGCGGUUGUAUCCUGAAGAUGAUGCGCCCUCGCCAGAGGAAACAGCACCCGCAAGCAAAGAGAUCGAUGUAGCCAGUGAUGAAGCCCCCGAACUUGAAUGGAGCGAUAUCAGUAGCGACUCUAGCGUCAGCAGUCGAUCCCUGAGUGGGUGGUCCAAGGGAUCUUAUGAACCUGAAACAAGUGGAUCUGCAUCCUGCGCAUCGCACCCAAGUGACGAGUCGUCUGAAAGCAGCCUUGCAUAUUCGUCAACUUCUACCUCGACCUAUGGUGGAUCUUUUUAUAACUUUGCGAGGCCCAGCUGGUGGAAGAAAAGCUAG